AUGGAAAUCGCCUGCACAGACCUCACCCAUGUCUUGCGCUCGGAACGGCGGUUCAAGUACACCGGGUAUAGCAAGAGCUUUCACAUGCCGGGCAGGGACAAACACAUCAAACGCAGAUGGAAUUUCGGUGGGCAUGACUGGGAAAUCCGUGUAUAUCCGCAUGGCGGUGAGCCAUCGGCUCCCUCCUGGGUGGCAAUCAAUGUUGUCCCUCUCAGCGAGUGCGCUGUGGCUGUGGUGACGACUAUACGUGGUUGCUUGGUUGACCCGGAGGGAGUUCGUGAACCAUCCGAGGAAAUUUGUCAGUCAGUAGCAUUCAGGAAACCCCAAGAUAAAUCAUCACAAAUGCUUCUCAUGCCAUGGUAUACCCUGAAUAAAUCGCGUUAUCUCAAGGAUGAUUCUUUCAUUGUGCAAUGCACCCUUGAAGUUCUCAAGGAGCUGCCAGAUAUACCAGAACCAGAAGUGCAUGUGCCAGUGCCAACCUCUAACCUGCACCAGCACUUCGCUGAACUCCUGCAGAGCCAGAUGGGAGCGGACGUCACAUUUCUCGUGUCCGGUGAGUCCUUUGCUGCGCACAAGUACAUACUCGCGGUCAGGUCCCGUGUCUUUAAGGCCGCGUUCCUUGGUGACAUGAUUGAGAGGGGCUCGGAAUGCGUGGAGAUUAAGGACAUGGAGGCCGUGGUAUUCAAGGCGUUGCUCCACUUCAUCUACACCGACACUGUGCUAGAAUUCGAACAGCAGGAGGGUGCAGAGGCCAUGAUUACCGACACCGUGCCAGAAUCCGGACAACGGGAUGAGGUGCAUGAGCAGGCGGCAUCUGUGAUGGCUCUUGCUCAACAUCUACUUGCUGCUGCUGACAGGUAUGGGCUGGACAGGCUCAAGCUCAUCUGCGCCAGCAAGCUCUAUGAUGGCAUCAAAGUGGACACAGCAGCGACAACUCUGGCUUUAGCCGAGCAGUACAACUGCUGGGAGCUCCAGAAGAGGUGUGCUGAUUUCAUUACCAAAACUUAUGCCCGGAACUCAUCUCUUGAUGCUGUGGCGGCGAUGGAGGGGACCUCUGGUCGUGAUUGA